UUUUUCUUCUUGAAAGUUGCCAGUAGAUUUUCGUCACUUCUUCUUACAUUUAUAUCAAAUAUUUAAGAUAUCAUAUCCAAUCAUUACGUUAUAACGAUGGCUACUGAGAGCAAUUUUUCAAAAGUUAGUAACGCUGUUACGAAAAAUUAUAAGGGAUAUGAAUCUGUAAUGAAAAACGGUUAUUGUGAAGAACGAGUCAUAUCUUUGGACGAAUUCUAUCGCAAAUACCAACGAGAAGAAAAACACAUUGAAGAGGAGGCGUUAUACGGGACAUCCGCAAUGGAGUAUUUUAUGGAAGCCUUCAAAAGUCUUGAUGAAUAUCCUGAGAACAUACAGAAGCCGAAAAAAUUAGGACCUAUAAAAGAUCGCCAUCACUUUACAUCGCUAAAAUCUUCAAUUUCAUUAACAGAUGUGUCAAACUCAAUUUCUAACAUUAGCCAAUCACAAAAUUUUUUAAGUGUAGCCAAACCGGAAGGAUUAUCAACGGCUUCGGAAACCUUCAACGAUUUUAAAAAAUUUCAACAACAAUUGAAACAGUUAAAUGCCUCGUUACGAGAUCGUCAGAAUGAAGCAGCGUAUGUUGCAAAAUUACAACGUCUAAACCAGUUUUCGCAACAACUGUCUAAACUUUACCCUGAAGAAGGGAAUAUUAAAUUAGCCUUAACAGAGAAGCAAGAGAAGAAUUUAGAUAAAUUGCUUGACGAAAUUGAUAAUGCAAACGCUACUCGGACCUGUUGCAAUAUUCUUAAACAACCUAAUUUUAGUACUUCAAAACGUUUGGAGAAACUAACCCAGAUCUUAUCAUUUUGUUUACAUUCAGUUAGUGCUUUUGAAAAAUUAAAUAAAUAAUUACACC